UCAUUGUUUAAUCGAUGACAAACAGAAGACUGAUAACACAUGAUGUCUAUUGUAGCCUCCACGGUCCGUGUGCAGUGAGAGCUGUCCUCCAGGAACCAGACCAGCCACAAGAAAGGGUCUUCCUCUCUGCUGUUUUGAUUGCCUGCCAUGCAGAGAUGGGGAGAUUUCUAAUGCAACAGAUGCUAUUGAGUGCAUGGUUUGUCCAGUUGAGUUCUGGUCCAGUCCAAAUAAGGAUCAAUGUGUCCCUAAAGAAGUGGAGUUUCUAUCCUAUGAGGAUCCUUUGGGCAUCUCUUUGACUACUGCUUCCCUGCUUGGCACCUGUUCCUGUGCUCUUGUGAUGGUCAUUCUUGUGCAUCACCGCAACACUCCCAUAGUGCGUGCCAACAAUUCAGAGCUCAGCUUCCUGCUGCUUUUGUCACUCAAACUGUGUUUUCUGUGUGUGCUGCUGUUCAUUGGCCAGCCACAGUUAUGGACAUGUCAGUUAAGACAUGCUGUGUUUGGCAUAAGCUUUGUCCUGUGUAUCUCCAGCAUCCUAGUCAAGACUAUGGUGGUAAUAGCUGUGUUCAAGUCUUCUUAUCCAGAGGGGAAGGAUGCAAUAAGAUGGUUUGGAGCUGCUCCACAAAGAUGUACUGUUCUGGUCCUAACUGCCAUACAGGUUGUGAUAUGUGCAAUCUGGCUAUCAACUGCUUCUCCAACACCCCAUAAAAAUAACCUGUAUAUCCGGUCUAUUAUAGUCUAUGAAUGUGCUAUUGGCUCAGUGGCUGGUUUUUCUAUGCUGCUAGGAUACAUUGGACUUUUAGCAACAGUAAGCUUCCUCUUAGCCUUCCUGGCAAGAAAUCUUCCAGAUAAUUUUAAUGAAGCAAAGUUCAUCACUUUUAGCAUGUUAAUAUUCUGUGCUGUGUGGAUUGCAUUUGUUCCAGCAUAUGUAAGCUCACCAGGGAAAUAUGCAGUGGCUGUGGAGAUUUUUGCCAUUUUAGCUUCAAGUUUUGGUUUACUGGUGGCCAUAUUUGCCCCGAAGUGUUACAUCAUCCUUUUACAUCCAGAGAGAAACACUAAAAAAGCAAUCAUGGGAAGACAAACAAAAUAAAUUGUUUUAAAUUUAAAAUUGUGAACUUUUAUUUAAAACUAAAUAAAUUUUAUUGUUUUGGGUAUAUUAUUUUUAUUAACACAUUAUAUUGCCAUCCUUACUGAAAAUGUAAUAUACUAAAAUGUAUUUAGAUAUGUUUACUUCAUGCUAAAUAUACUUUGUACAUUUACAUAUUUGUGUACUUAAUAAAUAAACACUGCAUUUAUACAUUUAGUCUGCUAAAUUCGAACAAAUAAUAUAUUUUUUUCUCAAUGCACUUUAAUUGUGUGUAAGUAGUGCUGAAGUACAAUUAAAGAUGUACUGAAAUAUUUAUUAUUGUGCUAACGCAGAACUAUUGCAAGUAUACUUCAGGGGUCUGCGUGAUUUUGAUAAGACAUGUUCCUAGAUCAACAUAUUUUGUUGAUCUUGGAUCAACAUUACUUGCCAAAAAUACAGACUAAACCAAAUCCCUACCCCUAAAU